AUGGGGAUCCAACCAAAACCCCAGCUCCGGGCUCAGCCAGCCUCUGUGGUACCACGGAGGAGUCCUGUGACCCUGUGGUGUGAGGGGACCCUGGAGGCCCAGCGAUACUAUCUGUACAGAGAGGGCAGCCCGGCAUUCUCAGUCACACAGACCUCACCCGAGCCCCGGAACAAGGCCAGGUUCUCCAUCCCGUCCAUGACAGAAGGUGAUGCAGGAAGAUAUCGCUGUUACUAUCGCAGCUCUGCUGGCUGGUCUCAGCACAGUGAGCCCCUGGAGCUGGUGGUGACAGGAUUCUACCGCAAACCCAGCCUCGCAGCCCUGCCCAGCCCUGAGGUGACCUCAGGAGGGAACGUCACCCUCCAGUGUGGCUCACAGAGGGGAUUUGACAGGUUCAUUCUGACUAAGGAAGGAGGAGAGAAAUUCUGCUGGACUCUGGACUCACAGCGAGGCCCCAGUGGGCAGCUCCAGGCCCUGUUCCGUGUGGGCCCUGUGACCCCCGGGCAGAGGUGGACGUUCAGAUGCUACGGCUCUUACAGGAGCCAGCUCCAGGUGUGGUCAGAGCCCAGUGAUGGCCUGGAGCUCCCGGUCUCAGGACAGCUCCCGGGCACACCCUCCCUCUCGGUGCAGCCGGGACCCGCGGUGUCCUCAGGAGAGAAUGUGACCCUGCUGUGUCAGUCCCGGACCCCGAUGGACACUUUCCUUCUGUCCAAGGAGGGGACAACCGAUCCCCCCUUGCAUCUGCGAUCAGAGCCCCGAGCUCAGCAGUCCCAGGCGGAAUUCUCCAUGAGAGCUGUGAGCUCAGCCCUCGGGGACCCUACAGGUGCUAUGGCUCCCGGAACUCUUCUCUAUCUGUCGUCAGUGCCCAGCGAGCCUCUGGAGCUCAUAGUGUCAGGAGGCCCUGAGGAUCAGCCUCUCACGCCAGAGACCAGACCCCAGGGUGGCAGCACUCCCGGCCCGGGCCUUGAAGGGAACCGUAAGGCUGUGAUCGGGGUCUCCGUGGCCUCCCUGCUGCUGCUCCUCCUCCUCCUCUUCUUCUUAUGCUGGCGCCAGGGAAGAAGCAGGAAGGCAGAUGCCAACGUGAAGGACACAGAGCCUGAGGACUGGAUGGAGCUGGACGCUCAGGUGAGACCCCCCCAUCCAGGGCACAGGGACUUCCUGUCCCCCAGUUCAGUCCAGGAUGCUGCUCUGUCCUCCACCACUCAGCUCUCAGGGACCUCACAGCUGCGCCUCCCUUCUGGAAGCCCUGGCCUCCGCCUGCUGUGA